UAUUUUUACGAUAUAAGAAGAAAGCAGUAAUAAUAUUACUUUAUUACAUACAAGAUAAAACCGAGAAUUUCUCAUAAUUAGGCAUAGUUAUUCAGUACUCAGAAAUACCUUGCAAUGAUAACAGUGAAAACUUUUAUGAACCAAUAAUGCCUACCUACAAGUUGACUUAUUUCCCCAUCAAGGGUUUGGCGGAACCCAUUCGCUUUAUACUGAGCUAUGGAGGUGUUGAUUUCGUGGACGACCGCUUCGAUCGCGAAGAUUGGCCAAAGUUGAAGCCCUCAAUGCCUUUUGGGCAAGUACCAGUGCUAGAAAUUGAUGGUAAAAAGAUCAAUCAAUCGACGGCUAUUGCACGCUAUUUGGCUAAACAGUUUGGAAUUGCUGGCAAAGAUGACUGGGAAGCCAUGGAGAUUGAUGCUAGUGUCGCCACCAUUGAUGACUUCAGAAACAAAAUCGGAGCUUGGCAUUACGAAACGGAGCCAGCAGCGAAAGCACUGAAAGAGGGCAUAUUGUUCAAGGAAACAAUCCCGUACUAUCUUGAGAAAUUAGAUGAGCAAGUUAAAAAGAACGGCGGCUAUUUUGUCGGUGGUGCUGUAACUUGGGCCGAUCUUACUUUCGUCGCCCUGCUCGAUUACAUCAAUUUCAUGGCAAAGGGAGACAUACUUGAGAAGUAUGAAAAUCUCAAGCAACUUAGAGCAAGAGUUCUCGAAUUGCCGAAAAUCAAAGCUUGGAUUGAGAAGCGUCCGCAAACCGAUUAUUAAAUAAGAAUAUCACUCACCGAUGUUUACUCACCGUGCGAGAUUUCGUAUGAAAGCAUCAUCGGUUUAUUCAAGUAUUCAUUAAACACUUAUAAAUAUAUAAUAUGUUUGCAGCUAAAAUCUCAAACAAACUGACCAAGAAAAAAGUAUUCAGCAUUUUGGUACUCUAUGUUUAUUAUAUUGUGAUGUAAUAUCAGUCAGAAUAAUAAUUUGUAACUGAAAAAAUU